AUGUUUGGAAUUAUGCUUGGCACUGUUUUUUUUUCAGGUUAUGCUAUGGCCGAGGCAGUCCACAUGCAAGACAGCACUCUACUUGACAAUCUCAAGAUUGUUCCGAGUCCGUCUAUGAUUGGAAUGGUAAGGGACAUGAAGAGCAUUGUUUCGUAUGUAUCUGAAGAUGAGAAGUUUGAUGGGGAGGGAAUUAAGAUAAAGCAUGAUGGAAGAAUGUUUGUUGUUUCAAAAGCUGAGGAUGUUGAAGGAGCUGUAAACAUUCUGAAGAAGUAUCCUGCACCGACAGAGGAGGUUAUUAAAACCAUAAAAUCCUCUGAUGGAAAAGGAAUUGAGGGAAACUUUAUCAUAUACUUCCUGGACAAUUCUGGAUACAAGGAGAAGCUUGUAGGGAGUAGAGAAGGGUUGAAUGUGUUUGUGUCUACUGAUCCUGCCCUUGCAUCUCUUUUGGAUGCUUCUAUUCCAGGAAUAUAUGGAUAUAAUGGAAGGGAUAGGCUUUCGUACAAGUUCCCCUUUAGUGAUAAGAAUGCCACAAAAAUCUUUUCACUGACCAAUCUUCCGAUAUUUGGAUUUACUUCUGCAGAGAGCAUUUCGUUGUAUAGGUCAUUGGAUGGAACCAUUUUCUAUAUUUUCUUUAAUCCAUCCAGCAGUUUGGAUGUCCUUAAUGGGUACUCUGGAGUUUUGGAUGACUUUAGGUACGAUGUUCGAGUGAUACUGAUUCCAAGUGUCAAGGACGGCAUCAAUCUUGAGGACUACGGGCUAACGGAAAAAGAUCUUCCAGGAUGCAUAUCUAUCAGCGAGGACGGAGGGAAGUAUAUCCUAAGGAAUGUGACCAAGGAAAGCAUUUCGGAAUUUGUCAAGGAUGUGUUGGGAGGAAAAGCUGAGGCGUUUUAUAAAUCCCAGGAGGAACCAAAAGAUAACGGCAGUAAAAAUGUUAAGGUGGUUACUAGAAACAACUCCAAGACAUACCUUGGGGAUGUUUCCAAGGACAGACUGGUUGUAUUUGGAACCGAGAGAUGCCCGCAUUGCAUCCGAAUUAAGCCGACACUUGAAAAGUUAGGGGAGAUAGUAAAGAACAAUGCAGAUGACAAGGUGUUUAUUGGAUACUGUGAUGUUGAUAUGAACGACAUGAAUGACGUUGAGAUUCGCUUUGUUCCGACCAUUCUACUUUAUAAGGCUGGAGAAAACAAGAGCAUUCAGUACUCUGGUGGAGAAAGAAACCUCUUGAAUUUAAUUACCUUUAUCCGGGAGUCUGGAAGCCUAGGUGUUGAUCUUUCGAAGUUUGCGGGUCAGGAAGAUGAAUCCGAGAAGAGGAAGUUUGAGGCUGGCAAGGAGGCCACUGGGUCUUGGGGAGAAGAUGCAAGGGCAGAACUCUAA